AUAAUUCUGCUUCCGGGUCGAAUUUAAAAGAAAAAUGAGGCCAUUUGCAGUUCUUAAUGUCAGCGAACUAUGAAUGCAUUAAUAUGCUGUACGGUAUUAUCCAAACUAUUUUUCGUCUCCAUGAAUCGUAAUGCAACGUCAUUUAAAUAAUACUUUAUAUUGAACCUUUCUACGUUUGCCCAUUCAUUGUUGAUUAUGUCACCGGGCUAACUUCAGCUCAGCUAAGUUAGCAGCUGAGUUAGCUAGCACUAGUACGCGAACAUUAUUUUGCUGUUUUUUUUUCUUUUUACUUUUUUUGGUCCUUUUUCGGCCUCAGUUUAUAGAAGAUGUUUAGCCCACCGAAGGAGGAGAUAGCCAGUAUGACUGACAAGGCUCUGAGGAUGAGGAGGGAGGAACAAGCUCGUCAGGUGGUGCUUGCCUGGGCUCUUCUCGACAUUUCCCUGGCUGGCAUGAUUUACACUGAAAUGUCUGGGGAAUUGUUAAGCCGAUUGUACAACAUCAAUUAUUGGCCUAUUUGGUACAUAGAACUGGCACUGGCCACACUUCUUAGUCUUACUGCUCUUCUUCAUUUCUGGAAAUAUUUUAAGUACACCAUGGCUCCGUCCACCAUCGACGUAACCCCGCAACAGCAUCUGCUCCUUGGGCUGAGAAACACGAGUAUUCAGGCCUCUCCUCCAAAGAAGGAAGAAAAAAAGGAGAGCCCCGCUCCGACCGAGUCAUCCCCCUUGCAGGGUCAGAGCGUUUUGAGUUUCAGCCCAUCUCGCUCUGCCACCACCAGCCCCAAGUUUUCUCCGAGCUGUGUGCCGGGCUACAGCCCAUCUCUGAGUAAUCCCACCACUCCAAGUAGUGGUCCUUAUUCACCCUCAGUGAGCUUUGGGAAUGUAUUGAGUUACAGUCCUGGCUCCCCGGCUUACCCGAGCAGCACGGAAAACUCGGUGUUGAGGGCUCGGUACCGUACGUCACCCACAGUGUUAAGCUCACCCGGAAGUGAGGAGGAUUACAUGGAGGAUUUGAAAAGCCUCGAACGAUUCUUGCGUACAGAGGAAGAGAAGAGUCAUCGUAGUCAGCUCGGGAGUCCAGAAUCCAUCUCCCCGAGUCACAGUCCGUCGUUUUGGAACUACAACCGCUCAGUGGGGGACUAUGCACAGAGUCUGAGGAAGUUCUUGUACCAGCCCGCCUGCCGCUCCCAGGCGCCCUCCGCCCACAAGGAUGAAGCAGACCCGGGUUCCAAACAGGCUGCCGAGGAGGUGUGGGCAAGGAUCACAACCAGCCCCCCCGUUGCGGACCGCAUCGAUGGCUGGACAGCCAAGCUUCGAAACUGGAUCAACGACACCAUCUUGGUGCCCCUUGUGAGGGAAAUGGACUCGGUCAACACUCAGCUCAGGAGAAUGGGCUGUCCUGAGCUUCAGAUAGGAGAGGCCAGCAUCAGCAGCCUCAAACAAGCCGCCGUGAUGAAAGCCUCAUCCAUCCCUACCUUGAACUCCAUGGUCCAGUACCUCGACAUCACUCCCAAUCAGGAAUAUCUUGUGGAUCGAAUCAAAGAGCUGGCACACAGUGGCUGCAUGAGCUCCUUUCGCUGGAAUCGAGGAGGUGAUCUGAAGAACCGCAAGUGGGACACGGACCUUCCCACUGAUUGUGCGAUCCUCACGCACAUAUUUUGUACAUACCUGGACUCCAGACUGCCUCCUCAUCCAAAAUAUCCCGACGGGAAGACGUUCACCUCGCAGCAUUUCAGCCACAUCCCGGACAAACCUGAUGUGACCAAGGAGAACCUCUUCUGCAUCCACCAGAGUUGCACGACGCCACCUCACUAUCAGCUCAUCUAUCAGGGACACAUCUUCAGUCUGCCCAAGGGCAGGAAUAACUUGUUCCAUACAAUCCUCAUGUUCCUCUAUGUCAUUAAAACCAAGGAGUCAGGAAUGCUGGGGCGAGUAAACCUCGGACUCUCCGGUGUGAACAUUCUGUGGAUUUUUGAAGACUGACAAUUGACAAUUUAAAUUAGAACCCCACCCACCUUCCAUCAAUAGUCA